GCCACCACCAUGGAGCAGCAUGAAGUCCGCAGCUCGUUAAGAGAAGAAGAUGGCUCUGUUGAGGAAGGCACAUCUUCUACAGGGAAUGCGCCACUGGAGUCAUGGAAGCUUGCUAUGGUCAUGGGGGCUUUGUCUCUCGCGAUUUUCCUCUAUGGCCUAGAUAUGAAUGUCAUCGGUGUCGCUAUUCCUAAGAUCACCACCGAGUUUAAUUCGCUCGACGAUGUGGCUUGGUAUGGAUCCGCAUACUUGCUCACUAUCACCGCCUUCCAGCCUCUUUUCGGUAACUUCUACAAAUACUUCAAUGCGAAGCUGGUGUACCUGAUCUCAAUUGCAAUAUUCGAAGUGGGGUCCGUCAUUUGUGCUGCAGCGCCGACUUCCAGUGUUCUAAUUUUUGGUCGGGCUUUCCUUGGCUUUGGAGCCGCAGGUCUCCUUCAGGGAGCACUUGCUAUCAUCGGAUACUCAGUCAGGCUCGAUAAGGUCCCACUGUAUCAGGGUGUGGUUGUGAGCUCCCUGGGAAUUAGUGUCUGCACUGGACCCCUAAUUGGGGGUGCAUUGACAGACCAUGCAAGUUGGCGAUGGUGCUUUUGGAUUAACGUUCCAGUUGGAAUUGCAGUGCUCUUCACAGUCCUCAUCUUUGUCACCCUAAAUGACGCCUCGAAUCAGAAGAACCGAGACCUUCCUCUCCAGAAGAAGGUACAGCAUAUGGAUCCUCUUGGCACGGUCAUUUUCCUUAGUGCUGUUUGCUGUCUUCUAAUCAUCCUACAAUUAGGUGGCCAGAAGAUAGCUUGGGCAAGCGCAAGAGCAGUCAUGUUAUUCCUGGGGUUUGGGUUCUUGAUUGCCGUUUUCUGCUUUCUUCAGUGGGAAAAGGGUGAGUACGCAACGAUCCCACCAAGGAUUCUGAUGAAGAGAAGCAUAUACAUGGGAGCACUGGUCCUGUUCUUCUUGGGAAUGUCGAGUUUGACUUACGCAUAUUUUCUGCCCAUUUACUUCCAGUCUAUUCAAGGCGUUUCGGCGACCGCCAGUGGUGUCCGGUUCAUUGCCCUCGUCCUACCGCAAAUCGUCGGUCUUGUCAUCACCGGAGCUAUUGUAUCAACAUGGGGUUAUUACGUCCCGUACAUAAUCGCUGGAGUUGUCGUAACUAGUAUUGGUGCUGGACUGCUGACCACUCUCGAUGCGUACACUCCAACAGUCAAGUGGGCAGCUUACAUGGUCAUCAAUGGCCUCGGAAUUGGUAUGGCGCAACAACUUCCUUAUGCCGCUCUUCAAGCCGUCCUAGAACCGAGCGACGUGCCAACAGGAAAUGCGAUCGCAGUGUUUUCGUACCAACUUGGAGGUGGCCUUUCUGUUGCCAUCGCACAGAAUCUCUUCCUAAACAAGCUCAUAAAAACCAUUCCAAGGCACACCACUGCCGUUUCGCCGUUGGAGGUGAUUGCGGUGGGAGCAACAGGGCUGGCAAAAUUAGCGAAAGCAGACGAUGUUCUCAGAGCUUUGCGUGAGGCAUACGCAGAAGCGCUUCACGAUGCCUUCAUCUUUGCGGUAGUCGCCGCAUGUGGAGCAUUUCCAUUCGGGUGGUGUAUGCAGUGGCUGAACAUUAAGAAGGUGGCAGAAGAGCGAGCAAAGAGAAUCGAGGUUACCGAGAGAGAAGAAAGAGAGCAUAUUGAGAACGAAAAGAGUGGCGAGCGGCGAGUGGAACUGACAGAAUGAGGGCGGGAUAAUCCGGACUCCCCUGGAGGAACACAAGCCAAAGGCCGAGCUCUCUGACACAUUCUUAGGUCUCCACAAAACUCCGCGGUGAAAAUGCUUCCAACAGGGUCCCUGAGCUGCCAGAUGGAUUUGAUCUGAGCUAUGCUGAAGGAUCUUUGGCAAGAAAUGUUGCUGAGGCAAUCCACAGGGGUUUGCCUUUGGGAGAGAUUAACUUAGAUCGUCGGGUUUAACGCUAAGUUGGAAGGUUUGUGACCAAAGAAAGGAAAGGUUCAUGGAAGACCCUGCUUCUAAUUCCUGUAGCCGUUUUGCACCCUAUUCGUCCAAAGAUUAUGUGGGACAAUUUGGCGGAGUUGUAUGCGUAAAGGCGGUGCGAAAUGAGACAAGAAUACGAUCUUGAUUG